CCAUCGCUGGAGUUGGUGUGAGACGCAUCAGGACGACGGAAAAUGUCAGUGGCGUAAAAAUUUGUGCGAGGAAAGUGAAAAUUUUCGGUACACUUCGAAUACUGUCCUGUAUAUUAGUUAUUAGUUAGUGUUACUCUUCUCAACAAGUGUGCAGAUUGAGUGCUAUCAGGAAAGGCCACUAUAAAGGCGGCUCUGCAAGCCUUUGCCCUUAGUUGAAAAUCCUAUAAAACCCUGGGAAUUUAACGCAGGAAAUCUUCUAUAGCAAUACUAAGUUGCAAACUAUGUUCAAGAGUCGUAGUGAAGGAAAUGUUGUUUAUAAGUGCACGGUUCGAUUAUUGGAGGAUCUGGACGUCCUAGAAUGUGAAUUUCAGCCACACCACAAGGGCAAUUUUUUGUUGGACUAUGUGUGCGAACAGUUGGAAAUCAGCGAGAAGGACUAUUUCGGGCUUCGAUUCGUGGACUCUGGCAAGCAGAGGCAUUGGCUGGAUCUCGCAAAAACGAUUAUCAAACAAGUAAAAGAUGUGGAACCUUUGAUACUAUCCUUUCGUGUAAAGUUCUAUCCGGCCGAUCCCUGCCGUCUAACGGGGUACGGAAAGGUGAUGCUUUUCCAACAGCUGAAGCGUGACUUACGACAUGGGCGGUUAUACUGUUCAGUUGGAGAAGCUGCCGCGUUGGGAGCUCUCAUAGUGCAGGAUGAACUGGGUGAUUUUGACUCGGAAACACACACAGGCGAGUACGUCUCUUCACUGAAAAUCGCUCUGAGGCAGUCCGAACAGCUGGAGAAAAAAGCCAUGGAGUUGCACAGAAAGCGUGAACCCGGCCAGGAGACGGUAGCCGUUUAUGAUGAGUUCGUUAGUAUCGCACGAAGUCUAGAGACCUACGGAAUCGAUCCGCAUCCGGUUAAGGAUCACCGGGGUACGCAGCUCUAUUUGGGUAUUAACUUUUCCGGAAUCAGUACUUUUGCUGCAGGGCGGAGAGCACAGCAUUUCCGGUGGCCAGAGGUUCAUAAAAUCAAUUUCGAAGGAAAGAUGUUCAUUAUUCAUCUUGCGUAUACAGACGAUCGACGUGAAGUGAAAAAGCAUACGGUAGGAUUUAAAUGUCCAUCGGGAUCUGCUUGUAGAUACGUUUGGAGAUGUGCCAUUGAACAAAUGUUAUUUUUUACUCUUCCAACUAGCCAACAUGCGUCGGUAAUGUCCGGUGGAGGCUUCUUCUCCUGGGGUACUAAGUUUAGAUACUCCGGCCGAACCGAGCGCGAGAUUCUUUCGGAAUCACUUAACGCAUUGCGUCAGCAGAAGAUGAACAACACAAGUCCUAGCAAGAGAAAAGCACAAAGUGUUCCGGCGACACCAUCCAGUCCACAGGGUGAUUUAGCGGAAAUUCGUAAGUCACGAUACAGCAGCCUUCCUCGAUCUACAAUGUCGGAACCAUUGGGCGGCUGCAAUGAUCAUAUGGCUUCAUCCGUUUAUUGUCCAGAUAACGCACUGCCAACACUGGAAACAGUCUCAGAGGAGGCGCGCAAAACAAACGGUGAAAGCAAUGACCAUCUCUCGGAUUAUUACUUUCGUGAUUCAUUUGAUCAUUCGUCGUCCGAGUCAGGCUUCGCCAGCAAUGUGAUUGAAAACCGCCUCGGAUCGCAUCUGCACCAUCGCCAAACUUAUACUUCCGAUCAUAUUUCGUCGCUGGCUAUGCACAGUAUGGCGAACAAUUCAAGUAUUGUUCAGCAGCAGAACGCUAGUAAUAGUGCAAAGAAUCUGAAAAAGUUUUCCCUGAUACAGGCGUUUGUUCCAUCGUUCUUCUUCGUGGUUGUGGUAUUGGCCGUAUCGGCUGUGUAUAUUCUAGAAUCAGAUUCAGAAAUGUUCAGUACUAUGAAGAACUGGCCGGAGAUGAUUUGUCUACGUUAUCAGUACUAUCAACCACUAAAAGAAUUUUUGACGAAAAAGUUCGGGGCCAUAUUCUGAUUUGCUUGGGUAAACCCGGCCGGGAAUGGUGGUGAAGAUGGUUUCGAUAGUAAUUAUGAUGAUCACCACUAUCCAAGAUCAGGAAAUCAUCCGGAAGGGAACGAUAGCCACAUGACGCUUACGCUCACGCUACCUGUUACAAGGCAUAUUUGAAGCAAACUGUCCGAUCGAAUACAACCCAUCAAAUGAACGACGAUUCAUGAAACCAAAACCGGCCACUGACUAUGUUUUUUCUAAGCGUCUUUAUUUAUUCAAUUAAAUUUUUCAAUGCGAUUGGAUUGAAAAUCCAAAAAAAGUUCAUUUUAAAAAAUCUGAUAGUGUUUGAACGUCUGCUGAUGUAUCUAACGGCAGUUGGAUCUCAUCAAUGCUGUAGAAAUUCAGUGUGAUUAGCCUCGAGAAACUAAACAUUUAAUGGGCAUUGGAAUACACACUUUAAGAUGACAUAUGUUAUGAAAUUCGUGAAAAUGAAAUGGAACUAUUUCGAAAUUUGAAUCGAUGCGUGUACAAAUUGUUCAUUUUAGGCUAGUUGUGAUAUCAGUAAAGUACAUACCUAGAUAAGACGAAAUCUACGAAUUGUUAUAUCGCAUAGUCUGGUAACGCGCCAAAAUUCUUUAACCAAUAGUUAGUAGUUUGCUAUAUCAUCAUUAGCAAUGGUAAUGGUAGAAAAUGGCGAAAUUUCACAAUGACAGCAUUAUUACAAACCAGUUGGAGAACAAUCUCGAGUUCAUUUAAACAUUGUUAUUAGAAUCAGCAAAGAAACUAACAUCAAGAAUAUGCACAAACGUACAACUGCACUCGCGAAACAAAUAUAGGGGUAAGCGGGGUAAGACCGCCCCCUUAAGCAAUUCUGUUUAUAGAAAAAAAAGUUGCGGCUGCAAUUUCAUUUUUUCUUCGCUAAGAGGUUCUUCUAUUCAAUACCCGCAUUUAAAAAAUAAGAACUGAAAUAUUUUUGUUUAGUUUCCAGCUUUUUUUUUAAUUUUUAAAAAUUCAUUGAAAAUGUGCAGAUCUUUUUCAUGCGGGGUAAGCCCGCCCACCAGCGGGGUAAGAUCGCCCACCAUUUUUUGAGGAUAAACAAUUUUUUUAGGGCCGAAACGGUUAAUUUUAUCGGUAUAGUGUCUCUGACAAAGUUGUAGAUGGUAUUUUUUUUUCUUUUUAAAUAAAAUAUACACUGAAAAAUCUAAAAAAAAAUUUUUUUUCUAAGUUUCAACUUAUUUUGUUUUCUGAUUAUUCAAGUUCAGAUCAAUGUUUAAGUAACUUUUUUGGUUUUCAAAAUAAAUAGAUUUUUCAGAAUUGAAAAAAAAAUAUAUUUUUAAUUCUAUUUUUAUAUCUUUUUUUAAAAUUUGUUUAGAGUGUGUACUUUUUUCGGAAGUAAAAAACUACUAUUUUCAAUUCUGCCGGAGACGUCAUACCAAUCAAACAAACCGUCCUGACUCUAAAAUUAUUUUGGUUCAUUAACACCAUUUUCACACAGGUUUACUUUUUUCAAAAAUAAGUCUUGCUAAAAUAUAUUACUAGAAAAGCUUCAACAAAAUCGAAAAUGUCGAUUAACAUCGAUGUCUUAUGUGGCUUGAAGUUGCUUUAUUGAUCCUGUAAAUAUUCCCUUUGUAGUGUCGAGGCAUUUGGGUCUUGAAGUAAAACAACAAACAGUUGGAUACGUGGCAGUUUUACCCCUUGUAUAGUGGGCGACUUUACCCCCAGUGGAACAUUUUCAUAUUUAACCGAAAAAGUAGUCAAAAUUACAAGAUUACUCACGGCUUUCGAUAUUUCCGAAAGAAGAUAGAUUCAGGCAAGCGAUUAAACGUAUAUUCACGAACAAAACAAUAGAUUUUUAGACUGAAAAACCUUAAGUCCCGUUGCCGCAACACAAUAGCGCAUUGACUGGUUGCCAGCUGAAAGGUUGUUUUUGAUUAUUUCUGCGACCGUUCGCGCACUAUCAAAACAGAAAAACGUGCAAAAUGUUAUGUAGUUAUACUGUAAUAGACACGUUAAAGAAAUUUUUCAAUUAUUUUAUAACUUGGUAGUAAAACUACAGUUUACCCUGUUUACCCCUAUGUGCUGUGAGAUGGCAUCAUUGUGAGCAUUUAGUAGUAAUAGUAGUGACAUAUGAAUCAGAUGUUUCGUUCUUUAUACGCAUAACUUGCAUAGUAUUGAGUCGUAGUUUUAACCUAAGUUCAAAUGCGAGCAUGCAAUUUUACCAGUGGUUAAAGCAUUUAAUAUCAAUAGAUACGUUCGGUUCCGUUGUAAAAAAAAACUAACCUGAGAUUUACAGAUUAACAAAUUAAUGAAACGUGUAAUUAGGACAAAGUACUGAAAAUGUUUUCCAUUUUUUGAGGAAAACUGCAGUGUGAACGAAUUACUCCAGCCAAUACAAGUAGCAAACAAUUAGAAGAUUUCAUAACCAUAAUGCGACAGAUAAUUUCAAAAUGAAAUCGUUUCAGAAUACAAUAAAGUUGCUUGCCUUAUUUUUUGCUGUACCUUAUCAUAACGCAGAAAACAAUGAAGAGUAAGAGAGAGAAAGAAAAGCUAUUCAAUUGGCUUACUAGGCCAGCAAGAGAGUCACAAAUCUGACGAAAACUGUGAACGAAAUAACGUCCAAUUCCUAUGUGAACAGUAAUAAGAUUUUUACAACUACCGCUGAAAGCAUCUCAUAUUUCCCUACUGAAAACUUAGGCAUCAGCAAGUGUACAUAUAGCUUAUUAGCGACAAUCAAACGUAUUGAAUCACAGGAGCAGCAUCCCUUUUUUGGAAAAUGCUUCCUAUUUUGAAUAUAACCGACAGCAUUCAACAGGAAAACAGCAGCCGACCUUUUGCAACAGAAAUACAUAUCACAAAGUGGUAAUUAGAUGCAUUUCCAGGCGUAUAUUACCGUCGCUAUUGAAUGACAUCAGAGUUUGUUAUUUGACUUGAGCACGAUGUUUAUCACGAAAUGGUUGAUCAAGAAGAUGGGCGCACUUUUUGGUAUUCAAAUGAUUCAUUACCCAAAAGAUAGACAAACAUGCAUAAAAGUAGAUACCUAUUUUAAUACUUGAGCAUUUUUUAAUGAUCAUGAUCAUGAUUUGUACAAACUGAUUGAACUCUUUCCAUAGCUCAAUAUUUCGCCAAACCAAUUUGCAUUACACACAGGAGAAAUUUUGUGUCAAUAUACAAUAAAUGCGCGCUAGGGCAAACAGUUUUAGAUUCGUUUACAUAAUCUAGCUAUUUGGAAGCAGAAAAGUGUCCAAGAAAUAAGUUGGCGAAUGUGAACCGUUGUGAAUUGUCACCAUGUCUAAUUCUUCUGGCGGAUGCUCAAAAUAGAAGGCACUAGCAGAACCAAUCUAACGCGAAAAAGAUGCUGUGAAAGUUUGUAACAACAAGUUGGCACUUGCCUGGAUUCGUUGGACAGCAGAUACAGUUUUUGUAGGCGAAGUGAAGCAGAAAAUCAUAUGUAAAUAGGUCCACGACAACCUGAUACUCCUAUAAUAUGAAAUAAAAUUGACAAAAAAACGCAAUUAAAGUAACUUUUAUGAUAGAUUGAUAAAAUAUAGCAUAAAUUGGAGGAGUGGAGAUCGAAUUAAGAGCGAAUUUGGGUAAAAUAGUGGAAGGUAAUUGUUUUCUUUUAUUCAAAAAAUUGCAUCGAAUAGUAUACAGCAGAAACGAAACAGCUGUACGAAAGAGAGUUACAAAUUAUUGUUUCAAGCUAGACGUGAGACGGCAACAUGUAGAAGCAUAAAUUGUAUGUACGAUACGCAAAUAAACGGUCCAUGCAGUACGAAUAACGGAAACUCCCAAGAAGCCUCCGGAUAGAAAUACAGUUCUUCUUU